AUGCCGAAUAUAAGAAACUCUCCGACUAUGCAACGUUUAGGGGUAGACUCUAUGAAGAGGUUUGAUGCGUGUACACUUUGUUUGCAACAAGCUAGGGAACCUGUGGCCUGUGGGGAGGGACACCUAUACUGCAAAGAAUGCAUCUACACCGAUCUACUGUCCCAGAAAAAAGACAUUAAACGUUUCAAGGCUAAACUUGAGGAACUGCAACGGGAAGAGGAGGCCGAGAAGGCGCGAGCAGCUCAGGCAGCCCGGGAUCGCGUGUUGAGGGAUUUUGAGCGGAACCAACUGGGACUUGCGUCUCGCAAGGAACCUACGAAUAACAAGGACAAGGGCAAAGAUCAAGCUAAAGACAAGGAGGCAGAAAACGGAGAUGGUCCCCGAGGAACCAAACGUCCCGCAUCAACUGCAUUCGAAUUCGACCUCGACCAUGCAGAGGAGCUCGCUCGUCGAGCGGAAGCGGCUGCCCUCAAGCAACUCGAAAUUGAACAAAAAGAGGCUCGCAAGUCGAAACUUCCUUCGGCAUAUUGGUUGGCGAGCGAGACACCCACCGCGGAAGGAAAUGACCCCGAGAAAGCCAAAUUGAAAGAUAUGAAAGUUGGAACUCUGUGUCGUGCAUCUGAAUUUGGGCAUCCUCUCAAUCUCAAAGGACUGAUACCCGUCAAAUUCACAAUUCAGUCCAAUGGUGAAUCAACAUCUGCACCAUCUAAAGACAACAGCGAAUGCAUAUGCCCCAGCUGCAAAAAGACUCUUAAUCUUGGAGUCAUGUUUCUUAUGCGGCCUUGUUCGCACGUGUUAUGCAAAACGUGCACUGAUACAUUGGUCACCCCCAAUAAACAAUGCGUCGUCUGCGACUCAGCAUUACCCAAUCCCAAGGAUAUCAUUCAAUUGUGCCGGGAGGGAACUGGGUACUCUGGUGGUGGAAGGGCGGAAACUAAGAAAAUUGGGGUCAGCUUCCAGGGAUAA